CGCUCCGCCCCGCGCAUGCGCAGCAGGACGCGCUGCCGGGACUCCCAACCGCGCAGGCGCCGUACGCAGACAAGAUGGCAGCGCCCGUGGACCUGGAGCUCAAGAAGGCUUUCACGGAGCUGCAGGCGAAGGUGAUAGACACGCAGCAGAAGGUGAAGCUGGCCGACAUCCAGAUCGAGCAGCUCACCAAGACGAAGAAGCACGCACACCUCACCGACACCGAGGUCAUGAUGCUGGUGGACGAGACCCGCAUGUACGAGGGCGUGGGGCGGAUGUUUAUCCUUCAGUCUAAAGGAGUGAUUCAUAAUCAGCUCUUAGAAAAACAGAGAAUAGCUGAAGAGAAAAUUAAGGAAUUGGAGGCAGUUCUUUCACAUGAGCAUGGGAGACUGAAAGUUCACUGCUGCAGAGAUAAAGGGUUGGUUGUUUUCUCCGCCUGGAGUAGCAAAUGCAAUUGGGAAAGCUGUACCUAAGUGCUUGAUUUCCAAUUCAUAAAAUCUUCAUGUGAUCCCUAAACUGCUAUGUCCAGUUGCCCUAUCCUACACAGUAAACUUCUUUGCUCUUGUUCAUGGUGGAGGAAUUAACACUCUGCUCUCAAGCACCGCUGUGCUUCAAGUUCAGAGGCUUGGAAUGUGUUGCAGAUCUUCUUUCUGGUAAAGUUAAAAAGUGAUUGCCUUACAGUGAGCAGACAUCAAAGUUAACAACAGACUUCUUCCCUGGUGCUGCCCGGAGUCAAACAUGCUCGUGCUGUGGCUUCCAUUUCUCUAAUCUUCUUUCUCUAGGAGCUUUGCUGGAGCCCCAAGGCACAAUGGUGGUGCCCCCUUCUCGAUGAGUCUACCAGGGCGUCUCUGGUUGGGUUGGCACUACAGUGUUUUCAUACCCUGAGGGAACAGUUUUAAGCAGGAGAGGUGUGGCUGGAGAGGAGUGCUGGAGCAUGGGAGUUGAUGUUCUCUGGGCAGGUAUGGAUGGACCAGCUCAGCAUGGCCCUCUGCCCCUGGCAUGCUCUCUGGUUUUUACACUGAAACCAUGCAUGGAGGCUGAUUCUGAAGGUGCUUUAACCAUGUGAAAACAAGUCUUGAGAUUUGUGGUGCAUUUUGCAGACCACUCAGCAACCAGAAGAAGGUAGCAAUUGUUUGGCAGUUCCCAAGCUAGACCAAUUUUCAUCUGGGAUUUACAGUGUAGAAGCUGUCAUCCCAUGGUUUACUCGGGAUAGGCCAGUGCCCAGGAAUGUGUGGUGGGCUUUUUAAAUAAACAGGGGAAAAUAA